AUGAGGGAGGGGAAGGAAGACAAUAAGAAAGGUUCAGAGCAAGAGGUAGUGUCCAAAAAUCCUGAUUGGAGACAUUGUACUGGUGCCAAAGUUAGUGUGUUAUUUUUGGCAGCUCGGGAACAACUUAACCAUACACCAGUGCUCCAUGGCUGCUGCAGUAAAGAAUCUGAACACGGCCUGGAAUUCUCUGAGGAUGUUAUUCAUAAAGGCACAGUUAAUCAGACUCAGACCUCUCUUCAAAAUCUCACUGUACAAGCCAAACUUAUUGCCAGCAGAAGGAAGGUGCCAGACCAGAGAAGCGGUAUUCACUCCAUUCUCCACACUGGGGACCUAAGACGGAACCUUUCCCAUACUGAUUUGUACCAAGGCCAAGAAGCCCACAGUUCAGGCUUCCACAUACCAUCCUCUACUCAGUCACCCAGUCGUUAUGCAUCUCACAAGGAGGGAAAACGCAAGUUCAAAUUUCAUGCUUUGGAACGCAAUAAAAAUCACCACCUGGAAAUCCAGAGGCGCAGGCAAAUUGAUAUUCAAAGCAGGUGUGUCAGCCUCAUAGAAACGUGGCAGAAGUCAUUCAGUGGUUCUGGAAGGAAGAAUAAAUCAUGGCUCUCCUCUCUUGCCGCUUGCUGUGCCGGCCCUGCACCGCCCCCCCUCACCCCCCCGCCCGCCGUAGCCGGGCGUCGCAAAAUCAAGAAAAUCAAGGACUUUUUGCUCAUGGCCAGGCGAAAGGACGCCAAAUCCGUCAAGAUCAAGAAAAAUAGGGAUAAUGUGAAGUUUAAAGUUUGGUGCAGCAGAUAUCUUUAUACCUUGGUCAUCAUGGACAAGGAGAAGGCAGAGAAACUGAAGCAGUCCCUGCCCCCAGGUUUGGCAGUGAAAGAGCUGAAGUGAAUCUGGCCUACUGAUUUGAACUGUAUUAAAGUUUUAAAAAUUC